AGAGAGAGAGGGCGAGCGGCCCCCGCGAUGAUGUGGCCGUAAUGCGCCGCCGCCACCGGCCGACCCGACCCGACCCGACCCGACCCGGCGGCGGGCGGGAGAGAGCCGAACGGCAGCCGCCGCCCCGCGCCGCUGAGAGGCGCUGAGGGGAGCGCGAGGGGGCGGCCGCUCCUCGUGCGGGGGGAACAAAGAGGAGCGGGCUCAUCUCCUCCAGCGUUCGCUGGCGUGCGAACGUCGGCAGGUGGGACCCACGAGUGCUCAUACGGGAACGGACAGAACACCACGCGUGUGUUUGCCAGCGCGAGGCCGAAGGGGACAGUGUGCUGCGGCACGUCGCUACCGUGGAUGAGACGUGGCGCCCCGCGGAGCUGAGGGCGAGCAGAGGGAACCCGCCCGCCGCACUCGGCCGCCGACAGUCGGCGCCCGCCGGAUCUGGCUGAUGAAUCGGUCCUCCCGCCCUGCAGGGGGCGCUGCGCCGCGGUGGGCGGAGCGGGGCGAGCGUGCGACCCUCCUCACUUCCGGCCGGCGGGGCGCAUGGCGGGGGUCGGGCAGGCAGCGGGACCGGUCGCGUCGCGGGAGCUGCUGGACGCGGGGCGCCGCGGAGGGCUGGAAGAAACGCUACGGAUUAGUUCAAAACCCAGCAGCAAGAAGGCUACGACUUUACAGACAGUUAGAGUGCCAAGGAGUAAUGUUCUGGACAGAGUACAGAGCUUUUUACCGCAGAUGGCACAUGCAAAUGACGAGCUAAAAAGGAAAAUGGUAACAGCACCAGCACAUCAGUUUGAUAUUGAAAAUCUCAACAGUGCCACAGAGAAAGUUAUAGAAAUGAAUGUGGCUGUUAUUGAACUGAGUGAUUCUGAUACAGACGAAGAGAAUCUAACCUCAGAAGAUGACUCAGAGUCUGAAGAUGACUGUAAAACUGAUGAAGUGACAAUAGACAACAUUAAGUUUCCCAAACCAAAGGGAGAAAAGGGCAAAAUAGAAAUUUUGGACAGCAAAGUGAAUGAGUGAAUCCAUUUUUAUUACACUUAAAAAUAUAUAUCAAGCAAACCACAUUUUCUUACUUUAAAGACGUAGCCCUUAAAUGGCCUUGUUUCUCCAUGUGCGAUUCCCCAGGAUCCCGUGAAAUGCUUCUGUUUACAUGGUGGAGAAUUCAAGAUCCACUCGUGGCUCUGAAGCAGGCCACGUCUCUGAAGAAUUAAGUAAUGUCUUAUCCAUCAAACAACAUGGAAAUUCCAAGCUUCCUUGUGAAGUCAGACUAAGAACGCAGCUACAAGUUGGGACACUUGAGCCAAAAGGCCGUACUGCACAGCUCAGUAGGAAAGUUCUUGUUCUCUUGCUUUGCUGAGGAAGGAUUUUUGUAGUUUGCUUAGAAUAAAGUUUUGCAUCGAGAGCAGGAAAGAAGUGACAAGGAAAAAUCUGUUUUUUAUUAUGUCUUGGAAAGUGUUAAUGUACAAUGUCUUUAAUAUUAAACGUUACCUUAAAGUACAUCA